AUGGCUUCUUGCAAACAGAACCUGGCCAGAUCCGAAAGGCCACCGCAAGCCGCCCCGGGGGCGGACCCGCUGGCCGUGGUUCCCGUGGUGCUGAGUGCCCUGGCCGUGUGCACCUGCUCGUGCGGCAUAGCGGGCAUAGCGGGCAACGGCACGGUGGUCUGGCUGCCGGGCUGCCGAGCGCAGAGGACCCCCUUCUGCACGUACAUCCUCCACCUGGCCGUGGCCGACCUCCUCCUCCUGCUCUGCACGGCCUCCAUGCCCACUCUAGACACCCCCCUGCUGGCCCGCGAGGUGCUGCAGAGAAUGAAAUACUUGGCCUACACCCUGGGCCUGAGCCCGCUGGCGGCCAUCAAGCACUGCCUCUCUGUCCCCUUCCCCAUCUGGUACAAGCGUCAUCGGCCCCAGCACCUGCCGGCUGUCAAGUGAGCCCUGCUCUGGGCGCCGCCCCUCCUGAUGAACGUGCUGGCCUCUUUCUUCUGCGGUAAGUUCUGGCACCUCUGGGAAGUGCAGUGUUUCGUGACGGACUCUGUCUUCCACGUCCUCGUCAUCGGGUCCUUCACAUGAGCGACGGUGAUCCCGUCCAGCGCGACCCUCUUCGUGCGGGCGCGGGGGGAGCUCGUGCGGCGGCGGCCCCCGCGACUGUCCGUGGUCAUCCUGGCCUCCGUCCUGGUGUUCCUCGUCCGCGCCCCGCCCCUGGGCAUCCGCUGGUUCCUCCUCUACUGGCUGGACCUGCCCCAGAGGACGAAGACUCCGUUCUCCCACUCGGCACGCCGGUCCUCGGCCGCGAGCAGCAGGGCCAACCCGGUCCUCUACUUCCCGGUGGGCAGCCGAGGCUGCCGGGGCCUGCGGGAGCCCCUGGGGGCCGCGCUCCACCGGGCGCUGAGGGAGGAGCCCGAGCUGGAGGGGAGGGAGACGCCGUCCACCGGCACCAACGAGGUGGGGGUCCGAGAGCCGCCACGCCCUACAGGUGUCCUGCCGACCCCCUCCAUGACCACCGUCUGCAGCCGGUCCACUGUGUCCGUCGCUGAUCAAACUCCCGCUGGCCGUGAGCCAUGA